UUUUAAAAAAGAAGAAACAUAUUUCAGACUUGAACGCAGAGAUUGCAAUCCUCCAAAAAGAACUAGUCGAAAAGUAGCCGUCUUUGCUGUUUUCCUGCAGAAUUAGAAACAAAAGAUUGACUAUAAAGUCCGCAGUCAAAGAGUAUUUCUACAGCUGUCGCCAACAUUGAGUCAGUUCAAGUCAACUUCAAAGGCAGAAAGCAUUGACUACGUAGUCCGCAGCGGGAGAUUAUUUAUACAGCCGUCUUUCAAAAUGGAUCAUGUCAAGUCAACUUCAAGGCGGACAUCAAUAUUACUGUGUGUCCUCCCAUGUUCGAUCCCCUACUUGGUAUUGACGCCACAUGGGAUCUGGGUAUUACAGGCAGGAACGUGGUUGUUGACAUCACCGACAUAGGGGUAGAUCCCGAUCAGCCAGAUCUCAAGGCCAACAUUGAUCUGAAUUUGUCUUACAAUUUUGUAAGAUACUCAAAUAUUUUCAAACCGGAAAUAUUUCCACAAAUCCAAUCGUCGACAGACUAUACAAACCAUGGAAAUGCGUGCGCCGGUUUGGUGGCAGGGCGACGAACAAACAGCACUUGCCAAUAUUGUGGUAGUGGGAUUGCACCAAAUGCCAACAUUGCAGUGCUAAAGGUUUGCCAGGUACAAACAACCCGGAGUGGAAAUUUAAAACUUUUCAUGGAUGACGAGAUACUUAGCGUUGCACUUUCUUAUAAAAACGACAACAUUGAUAUAUAUUCCUGCUCUCUGAACCACGACAAGCCUUUCAAAAGCGAGCGCCCAUAUAUGGAACAUGUUUUACGUAAGGGAUACACGUACGGUCGUGGAGGGAAAGGCAAUGUAUUCGUCUUUCCAGCAGAUCCACCUGGCAACGGAUAUACGAACAACAUUUAUACAAUCGGUGUAGCGUCCAUAGGUGUCGACGGAGGCCUAUCUGCUAAGUCCGAGCCAAACUCAGCAGUUCUUGUGUCCGCCUUUGGCUUUGGAAGGCGUAAACACGACGCGCACCUAUUAACGGCUACACACCCGGUGCCUAUUGAUAAAGGUGCGAAGUGCGAAGUCAACUUCGGAGGUGCGUCUGCAGCGACCGCAAUGAUCUCUGCAAUAAAUUCCCUUGCUUUGGAAGCUAACACCAAUUUAACCGUGAGAGACAUACAACAUUUGCUUGUUGAAUCAUCUGACUACAAAGAGCUGGAAGAAUCCAGUUCAUUCAAGCGAAAUGGUGCAGGCUAUCAUUAUCACGCUGUAUUCGGCUUUGGUUAUCCAGUGGUGACUAAAAUGAUUAAAUCGGCAAAGUCUUGGAAAAGUCAACCACAGCUGUUGUAUGACACACAUUCCUCAAACCUGAAUGGACGCCAACAAUGUGAAGUAAAACUUUAUGUCGGAUGCAACCGGACAAAACAUUGUAUUGAGAAAAUGGAGCAAAUCAUUUUCAACGUUACGUUUGUACAUCCGGCUAACUACAAGGCAUCCAUCGUAGCAGUUUCACCUGGAGGCACGCGGUCUGUUCUGUUUGAACGUACACUAUUAUCCGGUUAUCUAAUCCAUGGGUCAGUUAAGGCAAACUUUUUAUCCAACCACUUUUGGGGAGAAAACCCGAACGGCACGUGGACAGUUUAUCUAAGAUCUGAGGCUUGCAAUGAGAGCGAAGGAAAGAGUUUCAUUAAAGAGCUGAACAUAAACGUCUAUGGUACUGGUACUCGUCAGGUUGUUGGAGAAAUACAUUUAUCAGAAAAGCUCAGCUCAACUGAAACUAACAGUACUCCCAAAAUUACACCACGUCGACAAUAUAUAUGGCCUUCUGAUUUAAGACAUGAACUUAAUAAUGAAGACGUUCUUUAUUUUGGGCAUGGUUUUUAUUAUUUUGUAUGUUUAUUCUGUUUGGUUGCAUGUUUUGUAAUGUUUUUGUACUGGGCCGCACCAAAGAAAUAUGUUAAUGUCGAUAAUAUUAAUCAAUAAUUUACAAUCUUUUACACGAUUCAAUACAUACAUACAUUGAGAGAAACCUUGUGUCUAGUAUAAGCCUCGUCACGUAAGAUGUCAAAACUUAACUAGCUUUUUUAUUAUUUACUAACGACUAUUAUACUAAAGGGUUCUGAAGUAUAGAGUUUUUAUGACAACCCUUAUAUUGAUCAAUUCUAAAAAAUUCUAAAAAAAGUAUGUUUAACAAUAUACUUUUAAGUGUACUGUGUCUGGUUUAUUGGAUAUAUUCCCUUUAUCCGUUACAUGCAAACAUAGUGUAUUGCGUAAUUGGACGAUAUUUGUAAACAAUAAUAACUCAUUACUUUACCAAGUAUAUUAUAACAAGUGAAUAAAGUAAGCAACUUGAAUUGUACGUACAUUGAUAUAUUGUGCAAAUCUCUGAAAUUAUUUUAAAACAACCUAAGCUUUUUGAUUAAUUCACCAGAUAUUACAUGUGAUAUUGUUAACAGUUCAACAUAAGACUUAACGGACUGGUAUAAAAGCAUCAUCUACCAAAAGCAUUCCAUAUGAAAAUAACUUGAUUGCAUUCCAAUUAUAAGUCCUGUAUCCAAAUAAGCAAAUCUUGGUUAUGUUUCAAAAGUCUUGAAAUAGAAGUUGGCUGAUUCAAUAUUUAAACCCGACAACAACGCGAAUGAAUUCUUAAAAAAGUAUGUGAAGCAGGCUAUCAUGUCUUACAAUAUUUUCCAUUAUGUAAUCAAGUGCACAAUAUUAUAUCAGGUCAAGCUGACCUUACAUAAAAAUACACAUUAACAAGAUCUAGCACGAAAGUUGUAAACCUAAAUUGAUGCAAUAGAACCUUUCAAACUUAGAUGUAUGAAAUGAUAUCGUGUAGCUGUUAAAUAAAUGCAGGGUUUACGUACACAAACGUACUGCAUACAGUAUUUGUUAACAUGCGAUUGUUUAUUAAAUCACAUAUAUUUAUUUAUCUUCUUAAGUACGUUACACUUAGGAUUCUGUCUCGGCCAUACCUUUCAUUUGGUCAAUGAGUUUGUUCAAAUGGCGUAAACCGGUUGCCAAUCAAAUGUGAACAUUUGAUUACCUAGCUUUGAUGUUUAUGAAAAUAUAAAUAAUUGACAACAUGUUUUAAUGAAGUUAAUUGAUCCGCGGUUAAGUCCCAUCACGUCCAUUACAUUUAUAAGUAAUUUAAAAUUCAAUAAAACUCAAUCAUGAAAGAGAUGUAUGGGUUGCUUCAAUGGGCUUUUAUAAUAUUUUCAACAUUAACUCUGUUAAUAUGGUAUUUGAUAUACGUCGUAAAAGGGAAUAGUACUGCUCCAGCAGCUGGAGUUUCACUUCUUUAUAUUGAUAAACAGAAGUAAUGUAAUAAAAUAAUCGUCCGCUUUAGUGUUUGUGUGUGUGUAGAAUUUAACAAUAUACUGUGACCCGGUGAAUUAAAAUGUUAAUCUUGUACAAACUAAAAGCCCGUUUUCUGAGGAGUAUGAUACAUUGAUUUAAAAAGUCAUCGUGAAUUUUCCGCGACCAUGACAAUAAAUAGUUCUGGUUCAAGAUUUUACUGGAUAUACAAUCAUAAAGCUAACAAAAACAGCAUGGUAUAGCAUGUAUAACAAUCCAUACACGUAGUUAUCAACGGUAUGUUAUAUUAUGUAUUUUUUUAUUUAUUUUUUUAUCUUUUCACAUGUUUGAGUUGUAUACUGAAUCUGGUAUAAAGUGCAAUUAAAAAAAUAAUCCAACGCACUCAACCUAUUGUUAAUAAUUCUGAUAAUGUCAUUUUUAUUUAUAUCACAUCUAUAAUUUUAUUUAUUCAUGAUCCCGAUUUUGAUGAAAAGUGUAUUUUAUUUUGAACAUCACAUGUUUUUACAUUGUGCAUCACAUAACUAGACUUGUUGUUUUUUUCUAAACAAAUAGCUUUAACAUAAAUGAUCAUAAUAUUAUGAUAAUUAUAACUUAUUAAUAUUCAGAACUGUUUUAAACAACAUUACACCUGACACAUUUAAAAAACUGUGUAUAAAGAUGAUGUAAAUCAGAUGUAAAAGAUAUCGAAAUGUAGUAUGUACAUUUUACAGUAUGUUCGUUUAACAGUAUUACGCCUUUAACAUUCUCCAGUUUCAUGUUUGAGCGUCAAAUAACUGUAAAAUAUUGUCUGUUUUUUUACAACAUUAUUAUUAUUAUUAUUAUUAUUAUGGUGUACUUACUUAAGUCUUACCGCUUAUUUUUAAAGUAAUAAUUUUAAAUGAAUGCAUGAUAUUUUUGCUUGCACAAUUUUGUAUCAUAAUAUAGAUCUACUACAAAUAAAUGUUAAUUUUGAUAAAUUUUAGAUACAAUAAUUGGUCCGAUACUUGGAUUUAUAAAAUGUUUCGGCGUCGUGAUCCGUGUUAAGUUAUAUGCUUUCGAAGAUUUUGCAUUACUUGUCUUUCAAAAAUAUUUCAUAUCGCUGUGAUAACAAACCAUGACUGUGUUAUGCUUUAAAAAAUAUAUUUAUUUAACUAAUCAACUAUAAGAUUAUCUUUCUCAUAAAUGUGUGUGAAGGGAAUGACUGAGACACUAUACAAUACACAUGUAUGCAUUAUUAAAUUGUUAAAUAUUGCAUAUUGUUGAUUUGUGUGAUUGAAUGAAUACGUUAGUAAAAUUUAUUGAGAUUAUUUUCUCAGCAAGUAAAACUCUCUCUGUAACAUACGGUUGAAGGAGAUUUAAAUUUUUGGUAGAGUCAGUUUGUGAUGUUUUCUUGAAAAGGCGACAACUCUGAAAAAGGUGGGAUUUUCUGAUAAAUAAAUAAAUACUUAAUUGUUUUAUCAUCGGCCACUUUAUUAUUUCAAGCAAAUUUAUUUUGGUAAUCCGAUACGUUAUUAUUUUAAUUGUGUCAGGCAAAUUAAUUUUCUCAAUAUGUGGAGAACUUUAUCAUAUUUAAUUUAUGUUAAUUAUUUAUUAAUAUUUUAUUCACUGGUUUAUUUCCACGCACCAUGAAUUGUGUUCUUUAAAUGAGUUGAUAUCUGCUUAGAUUAUUAGAUUUAUUUUGAUUAAAAAUGAUUGGUUAAUAUUUGACCAGUCUUUUCCGUUUCUUUUUUUAAGAGGCAGCACAUUAAGUGACCAGAAGUUUUUGGUGAUCCUUAACAUCAUUAUAAGACAUUUUCAUCGCUCCUUCCAUCACCAGUCUAAAAAAUAUAUACUGAUUCAAAAUUGUAUGUAACGGGGACCUCAGUCAGCGUGAAGCUAUUUGUUUAGAAAAGAUAUGUUUACAUUCGGUGUUCUAUAGAGCAAUACGUAAACAAGGGCUGUUUGUAAAACGUGCAUGCCCCCCAUAUGGGCUCUCCGUUGUAGUGACAGCCAUUGUGUGAAUAUGUUUUUGUCACUGUAUGUCAAUGACCUGUGAAAUGUAUCCAAUUAAUAGUGCAAAAACCAAUCAGGACCUAUACUAAUCAAUUAUAUCCAUUAUAUGAUUGAGUCUUUGAUUUUUUGGAUUCCUUUCACACAUUUUGACUUAUUUGACAAUAUGUGAAACGUGCACACAAUUUGUAAUGUUUUAUUUAUUAAUGGUAAUGAAACAUGUUAUUUAUAGCAGUUAACUCCCCUAGUCAAUGACCACCAUAGAUAGCAAUGCAAUCUGAUUAAAAAUAGCCAAGGCUAGUGUUGUGUAUUGGGCAAAUGUAUACAAGUGCAACUUGACCACAUGACCAGUAUCAUGUGUUUACCACACACAGAAGUCAGUUAUGUAAUAGACCAUUAAUUCCACUCCCAAUUUUGGCCACUUGCCAAGAUACUGACCAGUAUCAGAUGGGGUUGUGAAACUGUGUAAACAGUGAACACCAGUCCAUGUAAUACUGGCCUACCACUUGUACUAGUUGAUUUGGAGUUAAUACAGUAAUGCAUGUACAAAUGAGACACUAAGCUCAAAAGUUAAUUAUAAGUGCCUCUGAAAACUAACCAGAGGAGUGGGUUGAAAUUUACAAUCUUUGCUUGGCAUUUGAGGAAAUCUGAACUCUCAGGGUUUGGAUAGAACAUCCCCAAAUUAACUUUUCUUUACACUGUUAUUUUUGUUCAAUACACAAAUAUUAACCUAACUUGACAAAUCCUGUACAGUAAAGGAAACUAAAUCUAAGUUGAUAUUUUAAUAUGCUUGAUCCUAUUUAUGUAUUAACAUUGUUUUAUACAUACAAACUGUGUUGCUGUUUUUCAAUUAACAAGCAGAUUAAAAAUUAAUUAUAUUUUUAUGUAUAAUUUGAAUUGACAAAAUUAAAUGCA